CCAUGGGAUCUAAAUUACGAUUAACCAGCGGAAUGGAAGGUGAGGAAAGUGUCAACUCACCGAGAAGAUUAAUAACAGUUCGUCAUGGUGAACGUAUGGAUUUGGCUUUCGGAGAUUGGAUCAGAAGUUGUUUCGAUAAACAGGGAAAAUAUUCGCCCAAAGAUCUGAACCAUCCAAGGAGAAUAAUUGAUCGACCACCACGAGCUUAUUUGAAUGAUUCACCUUUAACCCCGAUCGGUGAAUUUCAAGGAUUCUUGUUCGGUCAAGCUCUAAGUGAUCCUGCGAUUGAGAUAAAUCAUGUUUUCUGUAGUCCAGCUUUACGAUGUUUACAAACCUGUCACAAUAUCCUGAAAGGUUCUGGUCUUAAUGAAACUCUGGCUGUUAACAUUGAACCAGGAUUAUUUGAGUAUUUGGGUGAUCAUGUUAAUAUUUUACCCACUUGGUUAUCUCCUAAAGAAGCUGCUGCUGGUACAGGGAUGAAUAUUAAUCUUGAUUAUGUACCAUCGAUAAUCUCACAAGAUUUAUUGAAUCUUCACAUAAAUGAAAGUCACACUGACUAUUAUUCAAGGUGUCAUACAAUUGUUCAGAAUAUCAUUUCAUCUACAAAUUCAGGGAAUAUUUUAAUUGUUGCUCAUGCAUCUUCCUUGGAUUCAUGUACCCGAAUGUUAAUUGGCAAAGAAUUACCAAACUGGAAUUCAUUUCAACAACAUGUUGGUCGUAUCCCUUAUCUUGCCCAUUCAAAUUGUCUACUCAACAAAUCGGGCAAAUGGGAAAUGAUCAAGCCAAUGUUUCCUGGAGUAACAAUCAGCCUCAAUCAACGUUUUGAUUAUCCAUCAGCUUGGUCAAUGUUACCCCAGUAAACCAAUUCUAAUUUGGGAUAAAGAUUAGAAGAUGAAGAUUCAUCUUGAAUAUUUCGAUUAACCUUUUUGAGUGGAUUCGUCAAUCGUUGUCACCGAUGAAGAAACCAAUACAAUUCCUUGUUGAUGUGUUCACCUUUCUCGGAAAAAUUUAAUGUGUUACAAUCAAUUCUUAAAUUAUUCUUUUAUUGGUUUACCUGUUUUAAUUAUUAUCCUUUAAUUUGAUUAUUGUUAUACAAUUUUAUCCUCUCUCUCUCUCUCUUUCUCUUGGUUUUAUUUUUCCCUCAAAUCAUGUUUAAAUAGAGAGUAAGAUCACAAUAGAAAGAGAGAGAUAUUUAAUCAAUAUUCACAAAUCCCCAAUUCCGUUAGAUUGUUGAUUGUUAAUUCUAUAGAUUGUUGAAUGUUACACCCAAUUAACUCUGUGUAUCAUGAUAUACUUAUAACAAUUGUAUCAUAAAUACUAGUAUUUAUGGUUAAAUUUGCUCAUUUUUAUUAUUAAUAUUAAUAUUGAUCAUUA